GGAAACAGGAAGGAGUAUGGUGGGGACUUCCUGAGGGCCAGGAUUUCCUCCCCUGCCCUGAAGGCAGGCGCUUCUGGAAAGGUGACAGACUUCAACAAUGGCACCUACCUCGUCAGCUUCACUCUGUUCUGGGAGGGCCAGGUCUCCCUGUCUAUCCUGCUCAUGCACCCCAGUGAAGGGGUGUCAGCUCUCUGGAGAGCAAGGAAUGAAGGCUACGGCAGAAUUGCUUUCAAAGGUACUUUUGUUAAUGGCACGUCCCACGUCACAGCUGAAUGUGGCCUGAUUCUAGACUCGUGCAGCGAGCUAUGCAAAUACCUGUACAGUGGUGGUGAAGAAGUCUUCUACUGCGAGAAACCUCGACACAUGCCCUGUGAGGCCCUUACCCAUGUGUGUACCAAGCAGCAAGAUGUUUCUUAUCUCACUGCCAAAGAAAAAAACCUUUUUCAGAAGUCCAACAUAGGAGUUGAAGUGAUGAAGAACCCGAAGUAUAUUGCUGUCUCCCAAUGCAACAAGAGUGAAGACGUGAGAAAGCAAUGUGAGAUCGGAAUGGAGGUUCCCAUACCUAGCGGUUACACUUUACAAGGAAGGUGGGUGUCAGCACAGUGCACCCAGCGCCUGCUAAACUCAAGUCAGAUAAAUGACUGUCUGAAAAGAAAGCUCAUUUACCUCCUGGGAGACUCCACACUGCGCCAAUGGAUCGAGUACUUUCCCAAGGUUACACAAACAUUGAAACCUUUUGACCUUCAUGGGACUGGACCAUUUAAGAAAUAUUUGCUUUUGGAUGCUGAAAGACACACACUGGUUGAAUGGAAGAAACACAGCCACCCUUUCAUCUCUAUGCACCUCUACUCUGUGAUAGAUGAUGGCUAUAUACCUCAGGAAAUUGACCGCUUACCAGGCGACAAAGAUACUGUCAUAGUCAUUACCUUGGGCCAGCACUUCAGACCCUUCCCAAUGGAACUUUUCAUUCAUAGAGCCAUCAGUAUCCAAAAGGCUAUUGGACGGCUCUUCCUCAGAAGCCCUGAUACUAAAGUCAUCAUUAAGACAGAAAAUGUUAGGGAGAUGAACGUAGAGACAGAGAAAUUCGGAGACUUCCAUGGUCUUAUUCAGUAUCUAACCGCAAAGGAGAUUUUCAAAGACCUGCAUGUGGGUACCGUUGAUGCCUGGGACAUGACCAUUGCAUGUGGUUCCAAUAUUCUCCAUCCACCUGAUGAAGUGAUUAGGAAGCAGAUUGACAUGUUUUUAAACUACAUUUGCUAA